GACACAAGCAACGCUCCUUAACGACCCACUCCUUUCUUCUCGAUAACAUGUCGUACGGAGGUGGCAGCUACGGCGGCGGCGGCGGCUAUGGCGGCGGACGUCAUGGCGGCGGCGGUGGUGGAUACGGCGGCAGCAACGGGUACGAUACAACCGCUGGGGGAUAUGGCGGAUCCGCUUACUACGAUUACUCCGGCGGCCAAUAUGCUUAUGGAUACAGCGGUGGCUCCAACGGCUACAGCGGUGGCGGCGGCGGCGGUUACGGAGGUGACCGACGCGGUGGAGGCUUCGGCGGUGGCGGUGAUCGCAUGAGCAAUCUCGGCGAUGGUCUUCAGACACAAAACUGGGACCUUGAGACAAUGCCCAAAUUCGAGAAGUCCUUCUACAAAGAGGACCCGGCCGUGAGCGCCCGCGAUGAAUCAGAGGUCGCCGCGUUCCGCAAGGAAAAGGAAAUUACUGUGCAGGGCAAGAACGUCCCCCGGCCUGUAACAACAUUCGAUGAGGCUGGUUUCCCUUCAUACGUUAUGAGCGAGGUCAAGGCACAGGGCUUCCCCCACCCCACGGCUAUCCAGUCUCAGGGUUGGCCUAUGGCUUUGUCCGGACGCGAUGUCGUCGGUGUCGCUGAGACCGGUUCCGGAAAAACGCUCACCUACUGCCUUCCGGCCAUUGUUCACAUCAACGCCCAGCCUCUGCUUGCACCCGGCGACGGGCCCAUCGUCUUGAUCCUUGCCCCGACUCGUGAACUGGCGGUUCAGAUUCAGCAAGAAAUCAGCAAGUUCGGAAAGUCUUCCAGGAUCAGGAACACCUGUGUCUACGGAGGUGUUCCCAAGGGCCCGCAAAUCCGUGAUCUCGCCCGUGGUGUCGAGGUCUGCAUUGCUACGCCUGGUCGUUUGAUCGACAUGCUCGAGGCUGGCAAGACCAACCUGCGCCGUGUAACCUACCUCGUUCUUGACGAGGCUGAUCGUAUGCUUGAUAUGGGUUUCGAGCCCCAGAUCCGCAAAAUCAUUGGCCAGAUUCGUCCGGACCGUCAGACUUGCAUGUGGUCAGCUACCUGGCCCAAGGAGGUUCGUCAGCUUGCUUCCGACUACCAGAAAGACUUCAUUCAGGUCAACAUCGGUUCUAUGGAGCUUUCUGCCAAUCACCGUAUUCAACAAAUCGUUGAGGUUGUUACCGAUUUUGAGAAGCGCGACAGAAUGAGCAAGCACCUCGAGACAAUCAUGAACGACAAGGAGAACAAGGUCUUAGUCUUCACAGGCACCAAGCGUGUUGCAGACGAGAUUACCCGGUUCCUCCGACAAGACGGAUGGCCAGCGCUUUCCAUCCACGGCGACAAGCAGCAAAACGAGCGAGAUUGGGUCUUAGACCAAUUCAAGACGGGCAAGAGCCCCAUCAUGGUUGCCACCGACGUGGCUUCCCGUGGUAUCGAUGUUCGUAACAUUACCCACGUGCUCAACUAUGACUACCCGAACAAUUCGGAGGACUACGUCCACCGAAUUGGUCGUACCGGUCGUGCUGGUGCCAAGGGUACUGCCAUUACUUUCUUUACCACUGAGAACUCCAAGCAAGCUCGUGACCUCGUCGGUAUACUCACCGAGUCCAAGCAGCAGAUUGAUCCUCGCCUUCACGAGAUGGCUCGCUACGGCGGCGGUGGAGGUGGCGGUGGUCGCUGGGGAGGCGGUCGUGGCCGUGGCCGUGGCGGAGGUGGUGGCUGGACUGGCGGUAACAACGCUCCUGUCCGCAACAGCCGCUGGUAGAGCACCCAGCAACCCUGUUCCUCUGUCGCCGUUGUCGCUUGCUUCACUCUGAAGCCAGCCUCAGAACUAAGGCGUUUUCAUCAUCACCGGCGUACUGACAUAGAUAUUUCGUUAUGGGUUGGCUUUCUUUAUGUCGUUUGUUUCCUCCAGCAGUGGACAGCCAAAUCCUCUGCCAAUGUAUGCUGAUACCCAGGAGGAGAAGCAACCGGGCCACCAAGCUUCGGGUCGGCCCUAUUAGACUGGCAUCUUCAAGUAAUACGUGCGAGCUGCGCAGUCGUUAGCUCAUUUUUGCAAGAGCCAGGCUACCCGUUGGGAAGCUGUGCCGCAUUGCGAUAGGAGCUGAAGGCGUUUUCUAAGUAAAAAGUCAUGUUCAUAAUUAGUUCAUAUGAAUUAAACCACUGCAUCGUAUGCCUUGCCUGC